GCACUUUGAUAUAUAUUGUCCAUAAAUGGUGUUAAAGACACAAACGUCUCUUCCUGCCUUGUCUGAUGGGGGCAGGUCCAGUAACAUAAGCAGAAACCUUAGAAAAAAAAACUUUGACACUUUUUAUUCCUUCUCUCUCUGCAGCAGCCUCAUUGGCUCUCGGUUCUUUGCUGCAGUCAACAGGAAAUGAAGAACUCUGUCCUGAUAGCAGCUCUGCUUUACAGCUUCUGUUGGACGUCUGGUUCAGUUUCUGGGUCUGAGAUCCUGACAGUUCAUCAGGGUGAAGAUGUCACACUGCAGAGCGCCAACAUGUUCUCUGAUGGUUCAGUGACGUUCUGGUUGAGAGUGAUUAAUCAAACCAAGACCAGUUGUAUCUCUGUGAUUAAUGGAGAUCGUAGAAUCAUUGACUACUGUGGAGGAUUUGAUAGAAAAUCAUUUGAAAUUACCGUGAACUUCUCCAAUGUUUUACUCAAAAUUAAACGUGUAAAUAUCUCAGACACUGGAAUAUAUAUUUGUGGAUGUUACCAGGGUGGAAAGCUGAAGUUCACUGUGCAACAUUUACAUGUAAUCGAAAAGCCAAACAACAUGAAGCUGAUCUUUCCUGGAGCUGAGAGUGGUUUGCUUCUCCUCAUCAUCACUUUUCUGUUCAUUCAGAUGAAGAAACUUCAAAGAGCUCAACUUGGAGACAAAGAUGAACAUCAGCUUCAGAUUCUUGACUCGACUGACCGUAACCACCCGGCAGACAGCGACACCAGGCGGAAGAGAAGAAGAGAAGAGAAGAAGAGAAGAGAAGAGAAGAAGAGUGCCAUCGGAGUGAAUGUAGCCACAACGAAGCGUCGAGACAGAAACUGAACCGCUGCUCAGAGUGAAACAUUUAACUCAUUAAUUUACUGUUUAAUUAAAAAAAACUCUUAAGCAGAAGUCGUAUUUCUGUCUGUGUGACGUCACUUUGGUUAAAAGAGACAGCCUCUUCCUGUGACGUCAUACUGACCGGAAGCCGCUAGCUCAGUGUGGACAGAGGAGCUUUUCAUGACGCAUUCUUUCAGCUUCAUGACAAAAAUGUUUGAACUAAAAUCAUAAAUUCAGAUUUACGUUCUAAUGAAGAAAAUACAUUAUAUUUUGCAUAUUAUAUCUAGUUUCAAGUAUUAAGUAUCUGUCAGGUUUAAAUGCUAUUGCUGAACAUGUACAGCCUUCAGAAUGUACUACUGUCUGAGAUUAGACAAAAUGAAGUUGAUUUCUUUAUAUAUUUUCUGGUAGAAACUGUUUUGCAAAUCCAUGUUUCCUGAUUGUCUGCCGCCUAACAAACCUAUUUGUUCUUUCUUUAUCUUGCCGUCUGGAAAACUUUUGUGAAACUAAAAUGUCUUUGUGUGGCUAUUUUUAAUAAAUAAGCCAAAAUAAAUAUUUA